GUUGCAGUUAUUUCUCCCACCAACAAAGUAUAGAAACCUACUCCUCCAACGACGCAACCAACGAAUGUCAAUUGUCAUUUAUUUCCAUUUAGUUUUCUUCUCCAAAAAUCGAGCAUUAUUAGUAACUGCAAUUAGACUAUGGCUGAAGAAAGUGGUACCCAUAGUAGAAGCAGUUGUACCAUUGAGAGCAGCGAGGGUGUAACUUUGGACGGUCGUGUUUACCGGCCAAGUUGGGAGAACAAUUCCAGCACUGUUGCAGUGUUGGUGCAUCCCUAUUCGAUGCUUGGUGGAUGUCAAGGUUUGGUGAGAGGUAUUGCUAAGGGAUUGGCGAGUAGAGGGGUGAUUGCUGUCACUUUUGAUACUAGAGGCGCUGGGAAAUCCAGUGGUCGUGCUUCCCUCACUAGAUCUUCUAAAAUUAACGAUGUUAUCUCCGUUUGCAAAUGGGUUCACACCAAUUUCUCCACAAACAGAAUUGUCCUUAUUGGUUCAUCUGCAGGAGCAGCGAUAGCGGGAUCUGCAGUUGAUCAAGUAGAGCAAGUGGUUGGGUAUGUGAGCUUGGAAUACCCUUUUGGUUUCACUGCUUCAAUACUUUUUGGAAGGCACCAAAAAUCCAUAUUACAAUCCCCCAAGCCAAAACUAUUUUUCAUGGGUACUAAUGAUGGCUUCACCAGUGUGAAACAGCUGGAGAACAAGUUGAAGGAUGCUGCUGGACAUAACACAACCCAUCUUAUUCAAGGAGCAACCCAUUUUCAGAUGGAGGGUCAAGCUUUUGAUGCAGACGUAGUCAACCUCAUUCUUCAAUUCAUUGCCACAUUAUAAUUUCCCCCACCACCAAUAGAGUCAUACAAAUAUUAGUAAUGUCAAUCAUUACUUAUAUAUAUAUAUAUAUAUAUAUUAG